ACUCAGAAGGAUCAAUUUUAGGACUACAUUUGUCCGUAGAAUUUAGUGGACCAUUCGAGGUCGAACUCACUUCGUUUUCCAUCGUAUGCGUCGUCGUCUUGCCUCGACCCCAACCGUGACGUGCUAUACUUUCGAAUUUCCGAAAGCGAAAUACCUGCAUUAGCUCUGUGGUUAAGGUUGACAAGACUGGCCAAGGGGAAAGUCUGGUACCUUGUCGCUAGAGUCAAUUUGGGUCGGCAUAUGUGAAAACAAUUCCAGCUACCAGACUAUAUUACGGAAAAUUAAACAGUAAAUGGAAAAUGUAAUUUUUGUUAUUAAUGUUGAACAGCACACGUCGACGCCAUGCUCAAAACGCUCUUUUAAACUUACGUAUGUUUAAUGUUACGAGUGCUUUAUUAACAUAUCAAUCGUCGUCUUAAGUUCACUUGCACAGCUUCGAGCAUGGUUUCAAAUUAUAUUGCUGAAGAUAUGUGUAAUUUAGAAUACUAAGUGACAGGCUGACAUGGCUGAGUAGUUUUUCGACAAAACUCCAUCGUCUGGUAGUAAUGACUAAAGAUGUCAGAUAAUAUUGUAGAGAGUUUUCAGGAGAGACAAGACAAUGAAUCGGAGGUGUUGCAAGCGAUUUUCAUGGAUGAUUUCGUGGACAUGAACAAGGGGGACCACAGGAACGGGAUGAAGAUGAAGCUUCAUCUGACUCCGCAGCAGGGCAUGAGUGGUAGCGGAAAUGCCCACGUCACCGUAGAUAUGAGAGUUACUUGCCCUCCAAAAUACCCGGAAGAGCUUCCAGACAUAAUGUUUGAGAAAGAGAAGGGAUUGUCAAUAGACAAGUUGAAGCAACUAAGCAAAGAGAUCAACAGUAUGGCCAGGAAACUUAAAGGAGAGGUGAUGGUUCUAGAGCUGGCGCAGCACGUGCAGGCGUUCCUCCACAAGCACAACGUGCCCGGCCAUAAAUCCUUCUACGAGGAGAUGAUGAGCAACAAGAAGAAGGAGCAGGAAGAGGCGGCAAAGGAGAAAGAGAAACAGCAACUGCUUCAACGGAAGAGAGAAGAGAAGGAGAGAAGGGAAAUUGAUGAACACAUCAUGAGAAUGCAGUUAGCCAAAGAGGAAUUUAAAAGGAAGAAAGAGCUUGCAAAUAAGGAAAAUGAGACCAGUGGGCAGAGUGUUCCUUCGUCUCCGGAGAAGAGCCAAGAUACGAGUGGGAAGAGCCAGGGAGACUCCACCCCCACCAGAGGAAAGAGGCAGCCUGACCCUAUGGAUUCUGGGAGUGACAGCAGCAAAGGGAGAACACGGACGUUAAGUGAAAGCAAGAUCACACGGAAUCAGUCGGAGAGUGAAACGCCCAACCAGAAACAUGCCAAGGCCAGACGACAGAAAAGUGAUAGUUUCCACAGAGGGGUGGUGACGACUGUCUUCAACACCAAAACAGAACGAACCAUAAACAGGGGCCAAGUGAUCAGUUGUGGCGACAAAGGCAGCACCAUCUACGUAGGCAUGGACACCAGCACAGGAGAGCUGGUCACACUCAGGGAAUGGGUCAUGAAAUGGAAACACGGUAAGGGAAGAAAGCCCUUACCAGAUGAAGAACAAGCCGCAGAGAAUUGUGUCAAGCAGCUUGGUACUGUGGAACAGGAGUUAUUGUCUCUCGUUAAAUUGGAGCACCCCAACCUGGUGCAUUACCUGGCCAUCAAACACACACAAGGCAAAGAGGCAAUCACUGUAGAGCUACUGAUGGAGUAUGCCAAGGGAGGCAGUCUAAAUCUGCAAGCCUUUGAUGGCACCCCUAUCCCCUUAGACGUCCUGCGCCGCUACACCAGCGAUCUCCUUGAGGCCGUGGUCUAUCUUCAUGGACGAGGGGUGGUCCAUAAGAACCUCCAGGCUUCCUCAGUGUAUGUAGACAGCCACGGUGGUGUACGGCUGGCUGACUACAGCUUGUGCAAGAGGUUGGAUGACCUGAAUGAAUCCAUCCUAGCAGGGACUCAUAAUGUCCGCUUCAGCGAUGAGAAGAGUUAUGGAGGUAGAGGAGGCAAGAAAGGAGACAUCCUAAAACUGGGAAUACUUCUAAUGGAACUGAUCCAGGCAAAGCAAGAGGUGCAUUAUCCAUGUGACAUUCCACAGGACUUACCAGCAGAUCUACAAGAUCUCUUACAAAGAUGUCUUGAUACCGAUGAGCGAAACCGUUCCUCGGCCGUGUCGUUACUGGAUCAUCCAUUCAUUAAACCUUCCAUCUCACCUUCACUUGAAACAAACAGCAAUCUUCCAAGCGAUGUCAACUCAUCAGGCAAUGACAGAGAAACCGAGGUCAGUAUACCAGAACCACAGAGUUAUGAUGUCCAUCUAGGCCACUCCCGACUUAGGAGUGAGUUCGAAGUCUUAGACUUUUUAGGCAAGGGAGGAUUUGGAAGUGUUACAAAGGUACUGAACAAGUUGGAUGGCAAUGCCUAUGCCAUCAAGAGGAUCUUGCUGAACCCAAAGAGCCGCGAGUUAAACCGAAAGAUUACCAGGGAGGUCAAGCUUCUCUCCAGACUCAACCAUGAAAAUGUGGUUAGAUAUUUCAAUUCCUGGAUAGAAGUAGCUGAAUCCCCUCCAUCUACUGAGACUGAUUCGGACUCGCUCACUACCAUGACAACCACUAGUCCCAAUCAGAGACUCCCACCUGAGACCAGACAACCUACCAAGGACAAGAAUAGUCUCAGCAUCUCAGACGACAUCGAGAAAUUAGCUCCUAAAGUCAGUUUUAGUGCCUUAGGCUCAUUGGAUUGGAGUUCAUCUCAUGAUACGGGCAGGUUAGAUAGCAGCAGCGAUUCAUCAUCAGAUGAAGACGACGUCUUUGGGCCUUCCUUCAUGCCUUAUUCCGAUUCAUCUGAUGGUAUUGAGUUUGAGCACACCAACGCCAUUUCUGACUCCAGUGAGAAUUUCCAAUCCAAACAGGAGGAAGGGAAGAAACGAAACGCUGGCAAUCUUCCUCCUCAAGACGCCGAGCCAUCCCGGCCCCUACAGUACCUCUACAUCCAGAUGGAGUUCUGUGAGAAGAGCACGCUGAGGACGGCCAUCGAUCAGGGCCUGUACAAGGAUGAGAGGAGGGUAUGGAGAUACCUGAGGGAGACGGUGGAAGGACUGGCGCAUAUACACUCACAGGGUAUGAUUCACAGAGACCUGAAGCCGGUCAACAUCUUCCUGGACUCCAAUGACCUAGUCAAGAUCGGUGAUUUUGGCCUGGCAACCGCAGGGAAUAUGGGAACGGCUGCACUACCCGACAUACCCCAGGGGGACCUACAUGAAGCUCAGAUUUUGGAAGCAAGCACCGGGACGGGGAGUCACUUGACUGGAAAGGUGGGCACUGCUCUCUACGUCAGUCCGGAGUUGUGUCAGGCUAAAAGCAGUCAUUAUAACCAGAAAGUUGACUUGUAUAGUUUAGGUAUAAUCUUCUUUGAAAUGUGCAAUCCACCGCUGGCUACUGGCAUGGAACGAGUACAAAUGCUGGGGAAAGUUAGACAGAAAAAUGUCCAGUUCCCGGACACCUUUGACGAAGUCAAGCACGAAAAUGAGGCCUUCGUCUUGCGCUGGCUCCUCAACCACGACCCGGAGGUGCGCCCAACGGCCCAAGAGCUCCUCCAAUCCAAGCACCUCCCACCGCCUCAGAUGGAAAACGCCCGCCUUCAGGAGAUGCUCCGACAUACCCUCUCUAACAGCCAGUCCAAAGCCUACAGACACAUCAUCCAAGAGCUGUUCAGUCAGACGGUACCGGCCGCUGCUGACUUCACGUACGAUAUGGAUAUGCAUAAAGGGUUUUCCUUCAGGGCCUCCGUUGUCCAGCAGACGGUGUAUGAGACACUCUGUCGAAUCUUCAAAAAGCACAGUGCCUUGAAGGUGAAUACCCCUCUACUUCUCCCAAGAAACCGAGGACUGGAAAAGUCAGAGAUGUGCGUCAAUCUGAUGGGUCAUAGCGGGGGUCUGGUGUCGUUGGCCUACGACCUCAGAAUUCCUUUUGCCAGAUUUGUGGCCAGAAAUAAUGUGACCAAUUUGAAACGAUAUUGCAUUGAGCGUGUGUACAGAGAGAGGCAGAUCUAUGGCUGUCAUCCACGCGAGCUGACAGAGUGUGCCUUUGACAUCGUCGCCUCCUCCGAAGCGGGCUUAAUCCCUGAUGCUGAGAUUCUUCAUGUCGUGUCAGAGAUCAUCAACGAAUUCCCAGCACUGCAGGCCCGUAACUACUCCAUUCGGCUCAACCACACCUCCCUGUUGACAGCUGUCCUAAACCACUGUGGUAUUCCCGAGGAUAAACACCAUGAAGUCUACAAGAUCCUCAGCGAUGCGCGGACAGAGAAACUGACCAAAACUCAGAUACAGACCAGGCUUUGUAGCAUGUCACUGUCAGAACAACAGGUUAAGAAUCUGUAUGACUACAUUGAGCUCGAAGGCCACCACUGCAAAGUGGCUGGUACCCUGAAGUCACUGGUCCACUGCAAAGGUCCAAAUGGUUCCAUGGCCAAGCAAGGGCUGCAUGAAUUGGAAGCCAUCAUCUCUCAGGCACAGGUCUUUGGUAUCCGACUUGAGAUGAUAGUCACCCUGAGCUUGGUCUACAACAUCCACUGUUUUUCUGGGGUAAUCUUUCAGUUUGUGGCUGAAUCUGUGCACCGAAAGAAGAAGACGGCUAUGGACGUGCUGGCUGCAGGCGGCAGAUAUGAUCACCUGAUUCAGUUAUUCAAGAAGCCGUCUUCUCAGCCACAUCAGACAUGCCCGUCAGCUGUCGGAAUCAGCGUGUCGUUUGAGAAGAUAGUAUCCGCCGUGCUUCAAGAUACUUGCAUGUCUGAGACGACUCCCAGUGUAUGUGACGUCCUUGUCUGUACCAUUGGUAGUGGCUCGUCUUACAAGGAUCGGAUCAAGGUCGUCCGAGAUCUCUGGGCUAGUGGGUUGAGGGCUGACAUCCUGUAUGAUUCCUCCAUGCCCCUGGAAGAAAUUCAGGACUACUGCCGAGCAGUUGGCAUCAGCUUUUUGAUUGUGCUUAAAGAUCGCAAUGAAACAGUCAAGAUUCGCUUCUUUGACAAGGAGAAGCAAGUCACAGAGUGCAAAGUUGAUUUUCAUCUUCUGGUGUGGACCUUACAUCAGAUGAUGAACGCAAACAAAACAGAAACACUGGAGGGCGCACAGCAAGCAGCAGUCAAGCCUGCCAUGUUGGAAACAACCCCCACCAGCAAUGCCACCAACUACAAUGUGACCUUUGUCCCCCGACCCGAGAUCAGUGCCAGGAAGAGGCAUGAACGAGUGGUAAGGAUUCAAUCCAAGAUUGAACCAGUGCUAGAGUGCAUUACAUCCAAGACCAAAGUGGAAGUUGUUGCUGUGGAUUUGCCUUUGGCUGUAGUGAAGAGCAUGGUCGCUGUACUAGACUUUGAUGGCGAGAGCAACUAUGCCUCCAGUGUGUCUACACUGCGGGAGAUGCAUAUCAAGUACAAGAAGGCAUUAGAUGAGAUCUGCUACGUGCUACAGAAACUCAAACUUGAAAAUGGUGUCUCCUUUGUCAUCCUGUACACCUACAAAGAAGAUGCCUUCAAGGUGAUAUACUGAAGAGAUGGGGAACAUGAUGUCGACAACCUCUGCUGCAGGGCAUGUCCGAUGGCAUUUCUUGUUGUGCAAGGGUCAAGGUGGACGACUUGCCGUUGGCCAUUUGACUAUCUUCCCAGAGAUAAAAUUUGAAUCACAUUCCCAGCUAAGUGGUCAAGAAGUACAACUGGAAUCUUAUUUUUGAUGACAGUUAUGACCAGAAUCUUUUGAUGACCAGCAGCUGUUGACCUCUUUUGGGAAAUUCUGCUUAGAACUUUCCGGAAGUGAAGCCUCCUGAGUGACCAAUGUGCAGACAAACCCGUAGUGCAUUCUUUGGUCUUUUAUCUUUCAAGGGGCACCGACCCUGUGCAAAGUAACAGUGACUGGGUUCUACUUUCCUCAGUCCUACAAAAUCUGCCAAUAUUGAAUUUUAAAGAACUUUUCAGAUUGUCUGAGAUGGGUGAUAAAGAGGUAACCUGUUUUAUGAUAUCUGAUGCAUUUUGAGUUGCCAACCAUUGUUUGACCAAUUUGAUGAUGGUUUGUACUAUAUCAGGUAAGAUCUGUGGUCGAGUCAUAUUACGUAGACCUUGGAAUUAGAAAGAUGCAGAGUUUGAACUAUAGUUUGGCACUGGGCACCAGCCUUGCAGAAGACACAGCUGAGGGUCUUAUGUUACAAAGCUGUGACCAUCUUAACUCAUGGAAGGGUACAAGUCUCAUUUACUGCCCAUGCAACCACUGUCGGUCAACCAGACUUUAACAAUUAGACCCAUGACCCGAAUUAAACUUUGUCAUUUGAAUGACUGUUGGUCUAGGCCCUGAGCUCUUGUGAUGCAAAGGUAAAAACACUGUGCACAUUCAGAUGAAAAUUUGCUACAUACAUGUACACAUACAUGUAUGUAGUGUGGCUUUCUUGAGUAGGAUGUACCUCAACAUACACAGUUCUUGCAUACAUUCCAUAAGCAAUUGGUAGUUCACUUGCUGAUUUUCAUAUGACAGGUCUAUACACAGAUCUCUGCAUAGUGUCUGGACAGUGCAUUGAGUUUGAGAGUUGAGUCACUCAAAGUGCCAUCUUGGGAGGGCUGAAACAUUCACGAUGACAAGCCAAUUUUUUGAGUCCCGAGAUCUCAGUCACAGCUGACUGUCAUAUCUUGACUCUUGUAGCCCAUCCCAUGUGGACUCAUUUUUUUCAAUUAUCCUUUAUGCAGAAGAAUUAAUAUAAAAACUUUCCUGUAACUUUGACUCACAAAUUAUCUAGUUAUUGCCUGAUCCUGCUUGAAAACUUUGAACUGUUGUGUGCUAUGUAGUGGUAGCCAUCUUCGGAGGUCCAAAAUGAAAAGAAAUGAGUUGCAGUGGCUUCAUUUGUUCUGGUUCUGUACUGUGCAAACGCCUCCUCAGUGGUUAUCAUGCACAGGUGCACCCGUUAUUUAAUUGGCUCAUGUGUUGGCCUAUAAAGUGGUGGUCUAUAAUGUGUUCUUGUUUUCACAGCAAGCUCUCAAAUGAAUGUCCUGGUAUACAGUAUGUGGUAUUUCCAGGCAUGAAUGCAUGAACCUGUACAUCAUAAAGCAUGACUUGUGUCCCAAGACACUGGAGAUCUGUCUGGGAAGGACGCAGCUGAAGACAAAGUUGUAAUCGUAGAAAGAAAGCUCUGAAAGGUGAUUUCAUCUGAUGCUGAUGAGAGAGAAGUCUUUGCCCUCAUCAACUUGGCUGAGCUAUAAUUCAGUCAGUAGUGAGUCUAAUUUCCAAAUCAGGAGUUUUUUUUUUAGCAAGAAAACAGCUCAGAAGUUUCCUGGUCAUCUUAGAAGCAUGUGAUUUGUCUGCAGACUGGAUGUUGUGACUAACUUGUGAGGGACGUUUGAUAAUUUGCUAUGACUUGAUUAAUGUACAACUCUUUUGUAGAAAAAUCACAGUAUUGAUGUGUUGUCUGUAACAAUGUUUGAUGCAAACCUAGUUACCAAAAAAUGGACUUUUGGAAAUUACUUUGAUCUCCAAACCAAAUGAAAAUGUCUUCCAACCUGCAAAAGAAAAAGAUAUUAAAAGAAUAUAAAUGUCACCAAAUUCAACUUUCCUCUAGAGAAUUGGGUUUAGCAUUGCAUUGUCGAGUCUUUAGUACUGAAAAGUACUUUAGAAGUCCUUGUGAGAUGAGAAAAAGCUCAAAAUUAGAGUUUACUAUUGACAUAUAAAGUGUGCAUGAUUUAUGUUGUGGGUUCGUCGUUUGAUGGACUUGGUGUUUCCUAACACUGCGUUCUGUUAUUGUAAUUAAGUCCAUCGCAAGUUACCCAGAUGAUCUUAAAAGAAAUCACAAGCUAUUCCAAUGAACUGUUACAAAAGCAUUCCUCUGUUCAUCUUGUUACUUGUGACUGAUCUCAUGAGAGGACUUGUGACUGGACUUGUGAUAGACUUGAUGACAAUAAUACUUCUAAGUUCACUCUAAGAAGUAAGUUUGUUGAAGACUAGUGGUUAAUAUGACCACAGCUUAAUUUACUUAGGUGCGGAACACGCUCAUCAAUUAUGGACUAAUCUAGUUAAACUAGUCUGAACCACCAUACCAGGCUUGUUGUUUCACUGGUUACUAAUAGGUACUUGUAUCGAAUUGUGCAGCUGGGAGCCAGGAAUGUGAGUUACUGUGACCGGUGAUGAUGAUGGACCAGACGAAGGUUACAGCACAAACUAACCAGUCAGUCAGUGGUCCUGUUUUUUUUAACUUGUUCGGCUUGGACAUCCUCCAAUAUCUGCCAUCAUCGGCUGGGAAUUGUUUACACCACAUGCCAGUUUUCUUGUACAUGUUUAUGCAUGUCCGCAACAAGCAUAACCUUUUGGUUGACUCUUCGGGUCCCUCAAAUGAAUCGUUCCCCCCUUGUGUCCGAGAAAUAGCAAAAGUUUUGUGCAAAACACCUGUCACUUUCAGAAGGCUGCGUAACCAAUUUUGUGUAGUUCAAGAAAUUGGUUUACACUGACUUUUCUGGAUGUGAUGCAUUAUUCUAUAGAUUAAGCAUAUUUUGUUCGGUUGACAUUUGUUUCUCAUCUUGGCAAGAAAUGGCAGCUCGUAAUACCCGACCCAGGGGAUUUUACUAUAUUAAAGCAAGUGGGACGAAUUGCAAAUCGGAUUGCGAGUUUUUAGUCAUGAGAAACGGCCCGUGAGACAUCUCACAGAUUUGUUGAGAUUUACAAGAAAAUGACCACAUUUGUGUAAACGUCUGAAGUAAUGUGCUGUCUUAAUGCUGGGCACUUUCCAGCCCACUUUGGUUUAGAGAAAUGUUGAAUUUUGAUCAGGCCCCUUAAGCUCUACAAAACCACUUGAAAAGUGCAGAUUGAACAUUGCUUUUUUUAUCGGAGAGGUUUGUGUGAGUUGCUGAAAUAUCUUUUACAUGGAGGAAAAAGUCAGCGGCUGGAGGGCUGUUGUUACUCUGAGAUGGCAUUGAUGGAAAAGUCGGUGUCGUGAGCUGUCUGCCUGUACUUUGGUACACUUCUGAUAUGCUUGUGACACUAAAACUGUGUCUUUUCUGCUGUUGGAAAUGCUUACGGUAAUACAGGUGUGUUGUUUCUCGCAGUAAUUUGUCACAUGUACAACAGCAUUAGCUGCUUCGGCUGCACUGCGGAAGCAGCUAUUGUUUUCAUUUUCAGGUUGGAAAUGGUGAAGUAUAGGACACGUUUGAAGGGAUAGGAACAGAAACCCCUCAAAAUACCUUUCUUUUUCUUCAUUUCUAACAAUAAACAAGAUUACAGAUGGUCUGUAGUGUUUUUUUGAGAAGACAUUGGGAUUAAGAGGGCGAAAAAUGCGUAUUAUACACGUCAAUGCACAUGGUGGAGGGAUAUUGGUUUGGGGGAUUUAGUAAUAAGUCAAAACAUGGCCGGCGUCAGAAGACCGGAUGUUUCGACGUAAAGACCUUCUCCAAAGUACACAAGUUGGUGUUAAUAGGUUUAAGAGAGACACGCUUCAAGUCAUGAAAUCUGAUUGAACAAAAUGAAAUAUCCCACAGAACAGUAACAUCAUGAUUAAGAAAAAUCCAAUUUUAACAGCGGUGUUUUGGUGUUUGUCGUUUCAGUAGUCCUUCUGCACUUUGGCACUUUAGUAAGAGUAAAUGCCCUCAAACUUGGCAUAUACUUAGACCACUAUCCAAGGAUGGUCCUAGAAGAUAUCCGUCAUGAUGACGUCACACUUGUCCUGCGAUAAACACACACAGUCGAAUUAUUUCCGGGGUUGUAUCUCUGGAACCGUUUGUCCCAGUGGGUUGAUAUUUUGCACAAAAACAAAUCCAAAUGUGUUAUAUGUAAAUGUUUGGGUUACAUCAUGAUGAUGUCACCACCUGAUUUUUUGGGAGGUUUUUUAAAGUUUUGUCAUUGUGACAUUCUUUUUGACAUCUCUCCUUAACAAAACAAGUUUUUUAUUUACCAGGGCCCAAGUGAGAAAACGCCCUGUGUGGCGCAGUUCGUGCUAGUUCCAGCACAUUCAGUCCAAGAAAAAAGCAAGGACUAGUCCGAUGACUGGGACUGUGGGAAUCACCCUUUUUAAAAGAUUUUUCUUGUCAGAAUAUUUUUGGUAAAUUUUUAGAAGUUUAUGAGAGAAUACUUUCAGUGUGGUUUGAGAAAUGAAAGGACUCUUUUUUUUGUAAUGGGACUCGGUUGAUCACAGAGGAAGGAAGAUUCAGCGUGUAUUAUCUUUUUGGUGGGUUGAGAUUUUAACUCAGAAACUGACUGGCUUUAAUUUCAAGACUAGUAUUGACUCUUGUCACGGAGGUAGAAACAGUUGUAAGUCCUGCUAAUCCAGUAUCGUGAUAUUGGACUGAUUAGUUUUCUGAAACUGACCACCUCGAAGGAUCUAAGAAAAGUAUCUCAUCAACACGCCGGAACAAAAUGUCUGAGGCGACAACUAUGAGCAACUCAAGUUACUAAGCUUCGUAACAUGAUGAGGUAUCAACUGAUCUGUCCUCUCUGUGAGAAUGUUGUAGGCAGUAAACGGCCUAAACGUUACUUGUAAUGAUUGUUGCCUACGGCUCCAUGCUGGACUGUGGUGUUGGGCUUUUUGUGUGUUCAACUUCCACAGGGAGUCCAAGUGACCCUCUUCUUAUUUCUGACUCUACUUGUUAUUCAGAAUUUUGAAUCUUACAGUUAUUUUGUAGUGGUAUUUUCCAUCUAACUCAUCUUCAAUUUUCCGGUUUGACAGAUGUGGACCCUUCCGUAGAUUUAAAAAAUAAAAAGUCACUUUUUUUGUCUUCUGAAUUUUUUGGCAGUUCAGCUCAAUAUCAAAGACGCUGUGGCCAAAUGAAGGUUGACACACUCUAUUAAGUGAAGUUGAUACUUUGAGAUG